CCAGGGAGCCACCAUUUUGUGAAGCUGCUGUAGACAAAUUUUGAAAGGAAUUAAAUAAAUGCUGAUACUAUUUUAUAUAAAAGCAUUGUCAUUGUUGUAAUUCACAGAUUCACUCUUUUUUUCUGCAAACAGUAAGUAAUGCUGAGUCGGUUCUUAAAACGUUGUGAAUAAUAAAGUAUUAUGAUUUUGUAGUUGCAAAAGUCCUACAAAUGGUUUUGCCCGUUUUCUAUCCAAUCACGUAGAAAAAUUGGGGUGUGGCUGUCUGUGAUUGGUCCAAGGUGGUAGAAGCUUCUGGAACGGUGGUGAAUUCGUCCCUUUUCCCACGGGACUUCUGAGUGAUCGGACGUGUCUGUCAGAGCUCUGUGAGAAAAGGUUUUCCUUGGUUUCUGCACCCAGAGGAUCGGCUGUUUUUCGCCAGAGAAGGAUCUCUACUGCCUGUUACUUCGACCAAAAGAGGAUUUAACUCCAUCUAUUUCCACGAAGAGUUUUUACUUCUCCACCCAUCCCCCCGUUUUUUCUUUUCUACUCUGUCUCUGUAGGACUCCAUUUUGUUGCCCCGGCCCACUUUUUAGGUCGAGAAGAUGCCACGGGGCAAGGACCACCGCAGAGCCCGUGCCAGGAACUUCGUGCCCAUGGAUCUGGGACCGACUGGCCAUCCAAGCCCGAGUGCUCCGAGUUCACGCUCCGGCACUGGGUUUAGGCACCCCGUACGUAGGUGGCCAGUGUCUUCUGCCACCGGGAAGAGCCACAAGUGCCUUGUGCCGCCAGAGUCUCCCGGGGAGAAGUUCGUCCUGGUGGUAGGAGACUCCCACCUUCGCGCCCUGGUGGACGGGAUCGUCCGGAUGCCUGGGGGUGGGGGCAUGACCUUCGGGUUCAUGUCCACCCCUGGCGCCAGUGCAGCCGAGCUGUACAAAGAGGUAAGGCACGCAAACAUUCCACGUACCCCCGAUCUUGUGUGUCUUCUCGCCCCCAGCAACAACCUGACGGCCAGCCGGACGCUCCCCGAGGCAGCUGUGGACUUCAGGCGGCUCUUGACUCUGCUCCAGUCCAAGUGGUCCAAGCUCUUCGUCCUGGACUUCCCGCCUCGCCUGACUGUGGCCCCGGACCUGCAGACGUUCCUCCGCCAGGACUUCAACCGAGUGGCGGCGCAGAUGGGCAUUAAGUACCUGUCUGUUGCUGAGCACUUCAGCUUGGACCACUUGGAGCUGUGGGCCCGCGAUGGGGUCCACCUGAGUGACGAUGGAGGGAUGGUCCUUCUGGCUUCCCUGCUGUGGAACUACUCUGCUCUGCAGCUGGUGGAGCCAGAGGUCCAGGCGCCUCCUCCUGCGUCGCCCCGGCCUGCCGUGCGGCGAGUCACUCCUAAGGUGGUUGUGAGGGAGCACCCUGUGUCCCCUCCUCCAACCAACCCUUUUGAGUGGGCUUGCAAGGUAGGGAAGGCAAAGAAAGCCAGUCCUUCGGGUGCAGACCGCUCUCCUCUGGCAUCCUGGCACGGGCGGGGAUUGGAGCAGGCUGCUCCUCUCCCGGUGUCGCCCGUGCGCUUCAGCCCUGCUAUUCUGGAUCUGAUGGACAAAUUUUACCCGUCAGAUCUGGACUGUGCUGGAGCUGCUGCGCCUGUUCCCGCUGGGAACAAGACGUCUCGUGCUAGACGUGGCCGGAGGGCUGUGGCUGCAUCCCAGAGGGCUGCCCCCAGGCCCCAGGCGGAGGUCCCCGAGCACGUGGAGGUGAAACCCCGGCCUUCACCUGCCAGGCGUGCCAGGAAGGAGAGGGUUCCUGCCCAGGACCGUGUGGGGGUGACACCUAGGUCUCCUACCAAGGACGUGACGGUGGAGCGGCCUGUGGACCAGGACCAGCAGCAGCGUGGACAGCCUGCUGCAGGAGGUAAGAAGAGCAGCAAAGGUAAGAGCUGUUCUCCUUCCUGCAUCUGCUGUGUGGUUCAGCCAAGUUCAGACCCUGUAAUCCUGUUUGGUUCCUCUGAAAACUUGAGUGAAGUGGUUCCUGCUCCUGCCAGUUCUAGUGUUGAGGUUGUGUCAGACUCUAGUUCAGUUGACAUGGAGGUUGGUGUAACGUUUGGCUCCUCGGAUGAUGAGCUGCUAACCUCUGAGGUCCAGGAGCCUGGUCCUGGUCCUGCUGCUGGUACGUUAAAGUUCCCCAGCAUCAGAGGAUCGUUUCACCAGGGCAGUGAGCUGUUUGGGAGCAACAGUGGGCGGCAGUGCAUGGCCAUCUCUUUGGUGGCUGCUGCCAAGCACACUGUUAAAGGUGUGUUUCAGUGGGACAGUUGUGAGUUAGAUUCUGUGCUGCUUGCUGGAGAUCAGGUUUACUCGGACCUGCAGAGACGGAACAAAAUCACUGACUCUGCAGGUUUUCUGAGAGUGACUGAUCUUCCAGAUCAAGUAGUGGUAGAUGGGGUUGAACUGUCCUGUGAUUUUGGGGAAGUUGUUAGUGGGGAUGCUAAAAUCAAUUCGGGUGAAUUUGUUGAUGUGGGUGUGUUGGUUCCCCUGAGGGAGGGGCUGGCUAGGAUGACGGCAAAGUACAACACGUGUCUGCUGACACUGUGUGAGAACACGUGUGCCGUCAUUGCUGAGAAUGGGACGCUGGGCUAUUGUAGACUCCCAUUCUCGCAGUCCUGAAGGGAUGAGGGUCCCUGAUGGAUCCAGCGUAGUUUUGUUUUUUGACUCUGUGGGUGAAGUUCACGACUACCUGCAGAGGUCAGUCGAGGGCAUUGUCCUCACAGAGUUUGAAAUAGUUGGUGUUGUUGUUUUUUCUGCUUCCAAUACAUUUAGCCCUUUCUUAGGAAGUCCUGCAGAAAGUAACUCCCUGAACCUCUGCAAAGAGAGCCUCUUCCAUGACACUUCGUUAGAUGUCAACUGUAGAACCCAAAAAGACAGCAACAAGACGAAAAAUGGAUU